AUGGAGAACGAUUUGGAAGAAGAAUUAAACAGGAGGCAAAGAGCAGUUUGGGCCGCCUUUGGGCCCCUAAAGGAAGCCACGGACCAGCUGACGGAGCCACAGCUCCGAAUCCACCUGUUCGAUUCAACUGUUCUCCCUGCGCUCUGCUACGCAGCAGAGACGUGGCCUGACUGUGGCUAUGUCAAAGGCUCUCCGAACAACCGACAGAGCUCUGGAACAACGUUUUCUGAAGUAUAA